AUGAAUGUGUUAUGUGGUGUAUGGCUAUUGUUUUCAUUAAUAAUAUCAUUUUUACAAUUACUAACUCUAUCUCAACCGGAAUGGAUUGUUAACGGAUAUAAUAUUCAAGGAUUGUUUGUGGUAUGCAGCUCGUACGAAUGUGUACUUCGACCCACGUCAGAUCUUCUGCCUUUCUUCUGUAAUUUGAUUGGAACAAUGCUUUUUGCACUAUCAUCAUUAGCGCUGAUUCCAAUCUUACUUUGCUCACACAAUGCUAAGCCUAUCCAAUUUCUGGCUAACAUCCAAAUAGUCGCAGCUUUGCUCAUGACAAUCUGCCUCUUUACCAUCACACAGAACAUGUCAGACAUAGAUUGUACUAUUUCGCAACUUCUUCGAUCUUCAUAUUGCAGAAUUGGAUGGGCGAUGGCAGUGUCUGCCAUCUGCUGCAUGUUAUCGAUAUGUUGCCCUGUAUUCGGAAAACUUGUUGCUGACCAACGCAAGGAAUAUCGCUUACUACGAUCUCGAGAACAUUAUAUAUGA